UGGAACUCCGUCUUCUAAGAAUAUUCGCAAAAAAUAUUUGCGUAACAGUUUGAUUAUCUAAAACUACAUCAUUACAAAGGUAAGUAAGCAAGCUACAUUUCUAUAUAAAAUUUAUCGUUAAAAAACAUGCACGUAUUAAUGUAAAUUUAAUUUACAUUAAUGUGUUUACAUUUUUAACUGUGGUAGGCUUUUGCAACAUGAUAGAUGUUUCAACAUUCGAUCUGUCUGAGUACGGUUUAAGUCUUCCACAACCAGAACAAUUAAAAUAUUGUGAGAAACUAUCUAGUAUAACUCUCAAGCAAUGCCCAUUCAAAAUACCCCGACAAUAUUGGACGAACACAAAAGAUGACUUAAAGUCUCUAGUGAAGAAAACAGACCGAAAUGAACUAUUCUAUUAUUUAAUCUAUCGGGAGUGUAAACUGGAUGGGAAGCCAAUUGAAAGUGUGAAAAGCUUAGAUUCUCACGUUAAAUUUGUAGAUGGUUACCUGAGAGACUAUUGUGCCACAAAAAUUUCCAAUGGGAUCGUGGUUGUAAAAGGUUUGGUAACACACUCUAUGGCGUACACAAAGCCACCUUUAAAUUGUUGGGUUGCAUUGGAACGGCAAGGAGGGAUUUUGUGUGGACAUUGCGAUUGCAAAGCUGGAUUGGGUGGAUCAUGUUCACAUGUUGGUGUUGUAUUAUGGGGAAUAGUAAAUCUGUCAGAAGAGACAUGUACCAGUACUUUGCAGGGGUGGCAUAACAAGAACCCUACCAAUCAUCCUGAACUUCCUACCACUAUUUCAAGUUUAAAAACCGCUAAGAGAGGUGCAAUCGUUGACAAAAUGUAUGAUGCAGUCACAGACGAGACACUUAACGCAUUGUUGGAAAACCUUAAAAAAGGACCCACCAUGUUGGAUUGCAUAGGUUGAUGGAACCGUUUAGUGCCGACUGUCUUCCUCUUGAAGUGAAAACGCCACUCCCUGAAAGAUUGACUUCACUUUUCGACCAGAGCUGGGCACGUCUUCCGAUUU